AUGGGGAGAGGUAUGGAAAAGAUCAUGCUGGCUGCUAUGUCGCGAAUAGACCAGACAAGGGCCAGCAUGAAUGCAGGGAAGUAUAAGAGACUAUCUAAGGGAGGCGGGGCUGCCGAGGAGGAGGAGGAGGGGCGCGUGGCUUCCGGCGGCUGGGGGCGCCUGCGAGCGGAGGGGGGGGCCCUGUCCCGGAGGUGGCGGUGGUGCCAUCUUGGCGAAGGGGGGAUCAGGAAGUGCGGACGGCGGGGGCGGCAGUGGAGCCUGGAGCGGAGACCAGAGGCUCCCGCCCGCCGGCCCUGGGGCAGCAGCAGCAGCCGGGAUGGGGGGCGGGGCCUGGGGCCGGGGCCCUGCCUGAGUGGGAAGCUGAAGCUGCUCCAGUUCCUUCUUCCCCGCGGCCACGAGCGCUUCCGCUUCCGCAUUGCCAGCGCCUGGCUGGACCAGCUGAGAUGCGAGUUCCCGCUGGCUGAGGCCAGAGGGGCCGAGACAGGGGCCGCGCCCGGACCGCAUCUCUCCCCACAGGAGUCGGUGCCUGGGGAUCCCGUCCGCAUCCACUGCAACAUCACGGAGUCAUAUCCAGCUGUGCCCCCCAUCUGGUCAGCGGAGUCCGAUGACCCUAACUUGGCUGCUGUCUUGGAGAGGCUGGUGGACAUAAAGAAAGGGAAUACUCUGCUAUUGCAGCAUCUGAAGAGGAUCAUCUCCGACCUGUGUAAACUCUAUAACCUCCCUCAGCAUCCAGAUGUGGAGAUGCUGGAUCAGCCCUUGCCAGAAGAGCAGCGUACACAGGAAGAUGUAUCUUCGGAAGAGAUGCCUGGGGACACAGAAGACCUAGAUCACUAUGAAAUGAAAGAAGAAGAGCCAGCUGAGGGCAAGAAAUCUGAAGAUGACGGCAUCGGAAAAGAAAACUUGGCCAUACCAGAGAAAAUUAAAAAGAACCAGAGGCAAGAUUACUUAAAUGGUGCGGUGUCUGGCUCCGCGCAGGCUACUGACCAGCUGAUGAAGGAGCUCAGGAAUAUAUACGGAUCACUGAGUUUCAAAGGCGGAAACUAUACAGUCGAACUCGUGAAUGACAGCCUGUAUGAUUGGAAUGUCAAACUCCUCAAAGUUGACCAGGACAGCACUUUGCACAACUAUCUUCAGAUCCUCAGAGAAGGAGCCGACUUCAUCCUACUUAACUUUUCUUUUAAAGAUAACUUUCCCUUUGACGUGCCGUUUGUCAGGGUUGUGUCUCCAGUCCUCUGAGGAUAUGUUCUGGGCAGAGGUGCCAUCUGCAUGGAACUUCUCACCAAGCAGGGCUGGAGCAGUGCCUACUCAAUAGAGUCAGUGAUCAUGCAGAUCAGUGCCACACGGGUGAAGGGAAAAGCACGAGUAGAGUUUGGAGCCAACAAAUCUCAAUACAGCCCGACAAGAGCACAGCAGGCCUACAAGUCCUUGGUGCAGAUCCACGAAAAAAACUGCUGGUACACACCCCCGAAGGAAGAUGGCUAACCCGGGAGUGCCAUCUCCUUCCUCCUUCCCCAGGCAUCACUGGACCAAUUACCUUUGAAUGCUGUAUUUGGAUCUCCCGCUGCCUCUGUGGUUC